CAAGAGUUUCUUGCACUGUGAACAUUGAGGAGAAAGCCUGUAUAGUUUUUUGUGACUAGAUUUUUUGCAGAUCCUAAGAGCACCUAUUAAGUUUAGCUCUGACAUCACCAACCACACAAUCCCUUGGCUACAGUCUUAAGACAAUGACAUGGUAAUCACCAAGAUAGCCGUCUAUGACGUCUAGAAUGUUUGAUCAGUGUGCUGAAGCCUAGAAAGGACGCUUUCUGGAACGAGCCGUGAUGCAACCUUUUUUGUGUGCUUGUGUGUAAAUCUGAGAAAGUUGGGAGUUUCAGAGUGAGUUGAUAUUCCUCUCCAGUGUGGUCUUGAAGGGAUGCUGAAAGCACCAUGAAGUGAUUUAUCAUGGACUCUGGGUUUCUCAGGAGUGUUAGGGAGGUGUGUCUUACACACUUGGCUCCCAGGGUCGGUAAGCACCAGCCCAGCGCACACAGACCCCCACAGAACCGCUCCACUGCUGCACGCAGGGCUUUAUCGAAGCUUGUAAAAGUGGACUAAACAAUCAGGUCUGUUGCUGUUAUCUCUCCAUUCUACUGAUCUGCAAGUUGAUCUUUUCUUCUCUGUCGUCUUGAUUCCCCUCAUGGGCGCCAUAUCAGCCAGUGCUAGAAAACUUUCAGCAGAGGGACUCACAACAUCUCAGCCUUGACUAUGGAGAUGAAACAGACAGUGAUGAUGAACCCAGAGGACCAAGACGAAAAGGACAAAUCUGAAGAGAAUGGCAGGCUGGUAGAUGGCAGCAUUGCUGAGAAAGAGCAGAAACCAGUCUCAGGGCCCACACAGGUGUCAAACGGGUACCCCAGUACAUCAGGGGAAGGCACCGGGGAUGUAGGGGACAGGACAAAUUCUCCUGGGGGAUUCAGGACGCUUGUGGUCCAGCAGACCAGUCUGGAUCCUCCCAGGGAGACAUGGAGCAAGAAGGUAGAUUUCCUCUUGUCGGUCAUCGGCUACGCAGUGGACUUGGGCAACGUGUGGCGCUUCCCAUACAUCUGCUACCAGAACGGAGGGGGUGCUUUUCUGUUUCCCUACCUGCUGAUGGCAGUGUUUGGCGGGGUCCCUCUCUUCUACAUGGAGCUGGCACUUGGGCAGUUCCACCGCAGUGGUUGCAUAUCUAUCUGGAAACAUAUUUGCCCCAUCUUCAAGGGUAUUGGCUUUGCCAUCUGCAUUAUUGCCCUCUACAUUGCCUUCUACUACAACACCAUCAUGGCUUGGGCUCUGUAUUACCUGUUGUCCUCCUUCAACACUACAUUACCAUGGACAACAUGCAAAAACUCCUGGAACACGGCCCACUGCAAGCAGUAUAUGUCUACCGACAGCAACGUCACCUGGACCUAUGAUUCCACCUCGCCUGCCGAGGAGUUCUAUACGCGGAAGGUGCUGCAGGUGCACCUGUCCCCAGGUCUUCAUCAGCUGGGUGCAGUUAGUUGGCAGCUGGCCCUUUGUCUUCUCUUCAUUUUCAUCAUUGUCUACUUCAGCAUCUGGAAGGGGGUAAAGACCUCUGGCAAGGUAGUAUGGGUUACAGCAACUCUUCCAUAUGUUGUGCUGUUGAUCCUUCUGGUGCGAGGCGCUACUCUGCCCGGAGCAUGGAGAGGUGUUGUCUUCUACCUGAAGCCUAACUGGGAGAAGCUCAUGAGCACUACAGUUUGGAUUGAUGCAGCAGCCCAGAUCUUCUUCUCUCUGGGUCCAGGUUUUGGUGUACUCCUGGCCUUUGCCAGCUACAAUCCCUUUCACAACAACUGUUACAAGGAUGCGUUGGUGACGAGCACAGUUAACUGUCUGACCAGCUUCUUGUCAGGCUUUGUGAUCUUCACCGUACUGGGCUACAUGGCUGAGAUGCGGAAGGAGGGAGUGGAGACAGUAGCAAAGGAUGCUGGUCCCAGUCUACUGUUCAUCGUCUAUGCCGAGGCCAUCGCCAACAUGCCGGCGAGCACUUUCCUUGCCAUUAUCUUCUUCCUCAUGAUCAUCAUGCUGGGAUUAGAUAGCACGUUUGCUGGACUGGAAGGAGUGAUCACCGCCAUGUUGGAUGAGUUUCCCCACCUGUUGGCCCGCAGGAGAGAGUGGUUUGUGCUUGGUCUGGUGUGUGUCUGCUACCUGGGAGCUUUGUCCACUCUUACUUAUGGAGGGGCAUUUGUGGUGAAACUCUUUGAAGAAUAUGCAACAGGCCCUGCUGUCAUCACUGUAGUCUUCCUUGAAGUCAUUGCCGUUUCCUGGUUUUAUGGGACGACGCGUUUCUGCAAUGACGUGCAGUUGAUGCUUGGCUUCAGACCUGGUCUGUUCUGGAGGGUGUGUUGGGUAGCUAUCUGCCCCUGCUUCCUACUGUUCAUCAUUGGAAGUUUCCUGGCCUUCCCUCCUGAGGUGAGGCUGUUUAACUAUCUGUACCCUUUCUGGACCACUGUACUGGGCUACUGCAUUGGUGUCUCCUCUUUCAUUUGCGUGCCUUCCUACAUGGUCUACCACCUGCUCACCACCAAAGGGACCUUCAUACAGCGUCUGAUGAAGAGCAUCACUCCUGAGCCUGCAAACAUUGAAGGCCUGCACAGAGACAUCAUCAUCACAAAUGCUGUGUGAGUGGAGACCCUUCGCCCUCUGCUGGACAUGUAGCACAAGUGGGGAUUUCACCCUUCCUUCAUAUCCCAGAUCUGCCAAAGGUGUCUCCAUCCAGAACAUGUGAUAGUUGGACUCUAAGAUCCAGCAAUCCAGCUGCUCUAUUUCCCACCAUUGCUAAAUGUGGCAGUGUUCAAUGUACAUGUGAGAUAACACCUGCCAUAAAGAUAUAUCUAUUGGGUAUUCGAGUCAGGAGUCUGGUAGCACAAAUGUCUUUUUGGUUUUCAUUACCAUUUUGUGAUCUUUGUUAUUUACAUUGUUUCAAACAAAUGUACUAGAACUACUAAAGAAAUCACUAAUGGGCAGUAUACACAGUAUACCCAUGUUUUACUCUAUUUAGCACUUUCAGAUCAAAUAUGACAUCUGAAUGCAUAGAUCUGCCCCAACUAACAGUUUUAUUUUGUAUGCAUUUGACAUUUCAGGUAACUUUCAAAUUUCUGCGUGUUUCAGAAGCCAAAUAUUAUUAGACAUGACUUUUAUUACAGGUAAAUUUACUUCACAGCUCCUCAUGCUUUGGGUUUUUUUGGAUAGAUAGGUGUGUGUAUGUAUGAAAAAGUAUGUAAAAUGUUCACGUGUAGGUGCACAAACAACUAGUGGUCAUGCCUCUUUGGAUGAACAUGGAGAGUGUCGCCACUCACAGUUGAUAAAGUUUUAUCAAAACCACAAAAUACUCAUAAUGUGACUGCAACAUUCAACAUGUAACAAAAAUUUAUUUGGGACCUUUUGUGGAAUUGUGUUAAUGUAAUGUGUCUUUUCCUGCCUUGCUCAUGAAACUGCACACCAACAGCCAACACACCGACUCAUUAUUUUCCAUGUUAUAUGUGAAUAACAAGGUAGCAGAAACCAAAUACUAGCGUGCUUGUUACAAAUGGUUCAGCUAUAAUCCUAAAGACAUGGGGGGAAAAAAUAGCAAUGUAUGAAAGUGCAAGUAUGUACCUGUCUGUUUUGUGAGUGUUGUCUGUGUUCCAGUCAUGUGACAACCUGUCAACCUCUUUAGGAGGACAUAUACGGGUGUGUGAUAUUUGUUCGUUUUCAAAGUGUGUGUGAGCUUUAAGUAAAUGUAGAAAAGCCAAAAGCCAUGGUUCGAUCUGUUCGUGUGUGCGCGCAUGCAUGCAGACAUGAAUGUAUACUAUGUAUUUAGUGUGUGCCUCAAAAUAGUGCUGCCUCUUCCUCCUCCCUAUCUUGUUUCUGUCUUUACAGUUUACUCUGUAUCAAAGUAGAAUCUCCUGUACUUUAUCAGUGUAUGUCUACAUGACUGUUAUAUGAAUACAUAAAGAAUAAAGAUAUAUAUAUAUAUGAAUUAUAUAUGAAUUAUUAGAGGAAUAAAAGUAUAUGUAUUAAUAA